CCCUGUGGAAUGGUUGGACUCAACCCGUCAUUUGCGACCGCCGAAGGCCGAACACACCACACCGGAGUGUCGUGCCGCCCGUCGUUCCGUCGUGAACAGCAGGGGAAAAGCGGCGGCGUUCCUCCCAGCGUUUUGAAGUGGGGGUUCCGUUCGCUCCACGUCCCGCCGCCUCCACGCACCCGCUUGCAGAUGCAGCUGCUCCUGCGCUGUGGCUCUCUCCUCCGUCUCUACGAGCGUAGCGGUGGGCUUCCAAGAACAAAUUACAGUUGCAGAAAAUUAGUGAUUCCAAUACUAAACGUGAUGAGUGAGAGGACGCGGAUUACCUAUUCACGUAGAGCUGUGUCUAAGAACAGUGAGAUCAAGAAAGAUGAACAAACAGUCAUAGAAAAGGAAGAUGACACUGAAAGCACAUUGGAGAUAGAGCGAAUCAGAGGUGACCCUAGUAUGCUCCAAUCCAUGACAGUGAAAGAACUCAAGGAACUCACAAGGAGGAUGGGAGUUGCUGCGAGAGGUAACAAGAAAGAUUUGGUAUCAGCUCUGAUGGAAUCUCUGGGUGAGGAAGUAAUUGGUAAAGAGGGAGCAUCAACCAUUGAGCAGAUUGGCCCAUCAGAAGUACCUUCAAAAAGAAAAGGUGCCGCUUCAGUAGUGGUUGAACAAAAGCUAGAAACUUCUGAAGUUAUUUCCGCAACUCCUAGCAAGAGAAGUAGAACCAAGCAGAAAUCAAUUAAGGGCACCACUCCGGAGGAGAACCCUGUGACUACUGUCAAGAUAAAUAAAACAUCACACAAGAAGGAAACAGUUGUUGCCAAUGGUGCUAUUGCAAAGGCGGGGUUGGGUCUUAAUGUGGAUGGUGCAGAGCCUUGGACUGUACUUGUACACAAGAAGCCACAGGCUGAGUGGAUUCCAUACAAUCCUAAGGUCAUGAGGCCUCCACCCCUUAGCAAGGAUACAAGGGCGCUAAAGAUUCUAUCAUGGAAUGUCAAUGGACUGAAAGCUCUAGUAAAAAAUAGGGGCUUCUCUGUUCAUGAGUUAGCACAGAGGGAGGAUUUUGAUGUGCUAUGCCUGCAAGAAACGAAAAUUCAGGAGAAAGAUGUUGACGUCAUCAAGGAAAGUCUACUUGAAGGGUAUACCAAUAGUUUCUGGACAUGUAGUGUGUCAAAGCUUGGCUAUUCAGGGACUGCCAUAAUUUCACGGGUGAAACCACUUUCUAUCAAGUAUGGGCUUGGUGUACCAGACCAUGAUACAGAAGGGAGGAUUGUGACGGUGGAAUUUGAUGAUUUUUACUUGCUAACCGCUUAUGUGCCGAAUUCCGGUGAUGGUCUCAAAAGAUUGACUUACAGAGUCACAGAGUGGGAUCCAUGCCUUGGUAACUACAUGAAAGAAUUGGAAAAAUCGAAACCUGUCAUACUAACUGGUGAUCUUAACUGUGCGCAUCAGGAGAUUGAUAUACAUGAUCCUGCUGGAAAUAGUAGAAGUGCCGGCUUCACAAAAGAAGAAAGGAAAUCGUUCGAGACUAAUUUUUUGUCCAAAGGGUUCGUGGAUACGUUUCGGAAACAGCACCCUGAUGUUGUUGGAUAUAGCUACUGGGGUUAUAGGCAUAAUUGCCGGAAGACUAAUAGAGGUUGGCGCCUGGAUUACUUCCUCGUGUCGGAGUCCAUCGCAGAAAGAGUCCACGACUCAUACAUCCUCCCAGACGUUUCUGCCAGUGACCACAGCCCACUCGGCCUCAUACUGAAGCUCUAGGCGAGUGGCUGAUCCCCGGCCCUAUGUGAACUUGCAAUCUAACUUCUGGGGCUGGUCUGCGGCGUUGCUUGUUCCGGUUUGCGCAGAUGAUUUUGCGUCAGUGAAACAGUAGGUAGUACUCUAAUGGAUGUUGGCUGGUGGUCAUUGUACCAAAUCCAGGGCUGUAGCGUUAUGACUCAGCAUGAGCGUUUUGGGGCAAUCCCUGUCCUGGCUAUGUGUUCUGACUGACCUUUCGGACUUAACAUGAAACUGUUCCUCUGGUAGUCUGGGUCA